AUGCCUGCCGCAACCACCGCCAGCGGCGUCGCCCAGGCCAAAAACCCGGCCCUGCGACGCACCAUGACUUCCAACACGACCGAGUCGGACAUCUCGUCGCCCUCUACCGCCGUCCACUCCCCCGUCGACUCGCCCAGGCAUUCGGCAUCCAGCACCUCGCUGUCCUCGCUGUCGUCCAUGGACGCCCUGCCCGCCAAGGAGACGUACGGCAAGCUGAUCGACACCUACGGCAACGUGUUCGAGGUCCCCGACUACACAAUCAAGGACAUCCGCGAUGCCAUCCCCAAGCACUGCUUCGAGCGCUCCGCCGUUCGCAGUCUGGCCUAUGUCGCCCGCGACCUCUUGUACCUCGGCACCACCUUCUACAUCUUCCACACCUAUGUGCGACCCGAGUACAUCCCCUCGACCCCUCUCCGCGCCGGUCUCUGGGCCCUCUACACCGUCCUCCAGGGUCUCUUCGGCACCGGUGCCUGGGUCCUCGCCCACGAGUGCGGCCACGGCGCCUUCUCCCCCUCCACCAAGCUCAACAACUUUGUCGGCUGGGUUUUGCACUCGGCUCUGCUCGUCCCCUACUUCAGCUGGCAGAUCUCUCACAGCAAGCACCACAAGGCCACCGGCAACAUGGAGAGGGACAUGGUCUUCGUUCCCCGCACCCGCGAGCAACACGCCACUCGCAUCGGCAAGCUCGCCCACGAGCUCGCUGAGCUGACCGAGGAGACCCCCAUCUACACCCUCAUCCACCUGGUCGGCCAGCAGCUCAUCGGCUGGCAGAACUACAUCAUGACCAAUGUCACCGGCCACAACUACCACGAGAGGCAGCGCGAGGGCCGUGGCAAGGGCAAGAAGAACGGCUUCGGCGGUGGCGUCAACCACUUUGACCCUCGCAGCCCCCUGUACGAGGAGAAGGACGCCAAGCUGAUCGUCCUGAGCGACAUUGGCAUUGCCCUGACCAUCUCUGGCCUCGUCUACCUCGGCCGCAACUUUGGAUGGACCAACCUGCUCGUCUGGUACUUCAUCCCCUAUCUCUGGGUUCACCACUGGCUCGUUGCUAUUACCUUCCUCCAGCACACCGACCCCUCGCUGCCUCACUACACCGCCGACGAGUGGAACUUUGUCCGCGGCGCCGCUGCCACCAUUGACCGCGAGUUUGGCUUCAUCGGACGCCACAUCUUCCACGGCAUCAUCGAGACGCACGUCCUGCACCACUAUGUCAGCAGCAUCCCCUUCUACAACGCCGACGAGGCCUCGGAGGCCAUCAAGCCCGUCAUGGGCAAGCACUACCGCUCCGAUGUCAAGGAGGGCCCCAUCGGCUUCAUCAAGUCGAUGUGGAAGGCGGCCCGCAUGUGCCAGUGGGUCGAGCCCAGCGCCGAGGCCGAGGGCAAGGGCAAGGGUGUCCUGUUCUUCCGCAACCACAACGGUCUGGGCCAGCCGCCCGCCCGCAUCCCCGCUCCCAAGGCUUGA